AUGCGCAGAAAAGGCGUCAUUUCACUUCCUGAGAUUAAUAGUCUUGUUAAAAGCAUGAAGGAGGGGGAUCUACACGAUCCGUUUUUUCUACCGUUAACGGAAUUUGUUGCUCUAUCACGCGACCGACGGUUCCUCUACAUCGUGGGCAAAAUGCUCAAACUCGACUGGCUGAAUAACAGGACUCUUGAAGAUGUCACAACAAUUCUGUCACUGCUGCUGCCCUCUUUUGCCUGCCAAUGUGUAGAAAACAACGACCUGGUGUGUUUACAGGAGAUCCUAGACAUGAUGGACGUGGAUGCUGAAGAUUAUGAUGGCAACACUGUCAUGCACAGAGCUUGUGAAAAGGGCAUAACUUACAUAGUAAAGCAUUUAUUGUCUAUUGGAGCGUCAUGCCAUAUGGUAAACUGCUCUGGUUUUACACCUCUGCAUCUUGCCAUAAAAAACAAACACAUUGAUGUGAUCAAGAUCUUGAACAAGGAAGGAGCAAUAGUAAUUCUAAAGCCUGUGCAAGUUGGCAUUGAACUUAUAAAGGCAGUUUGGCUUAAGGACUGUAAGCUUUUGCAUGCGUGGUAUUUAGCCGGUGCAGACAUGAACCAGGAUGAUUACAAUGGACAAACUGCUUUACAUGCAGCUGUGGAAAAGAGGGACAAGCACAUGGUUUCCAAACUUCUUGAAUAUGGAGCUUCUCCUGAGCACAAGAAUAUAUGGGGAAAGACAGCAGCAGAUGAAGCAAGAAUGAAAAACCUGCAUGAGAUUUUGCUGCUCUUCAAUCCACCUUAUCCACUUAAGUAACGUAACAUCACUUUCAGUUGUAUACCAUGGCAAACACAUUAGUCUUUAGAACAGUAAAGCACUACAAUUUAAUUUAGAUUUUUGCCAAAACUCAGUUCUCUCUCAAACAUUCACACAAGAGAUCAACUCAAAUAAAACCAUUUUUUAUUUCAAAAUGAAAAGCAUCAGUAGGUGCACAUGCAUGAAAACUAAAUCUAAUCCAGGUUAAACAGUGUCUAGUUGAGUCAGAUUUGGCAGAGGUACAUGAACAUAUUUGUACAAUUUAUAGUGUGUCAUAAAGUCAUCUUGAAUA